UGUGAAAACAAUCUACAGGAUGAAGAAUCAACAACAAUUGAAGGUAAUGAGGAAGAAAAUUCUAUAGCUAGUGAUUCGGAGAAUUAUUUGAAAGAAGUGGUAGAAUCAAUGGUUGGUAAAUUAGAAAGAACUCCGUUGACAGUAGAUGACAUUGACAUGGAGAAGAUUUUCAUAGAUUACCGUAAUCAAUGUAACAACAUUUUUAAUCUAUGUCAUAGCGACAUUAUGGAUAUGAGACCUACUUCACGCUUCACAAAUGAUAUUGCAGAAGAAUCUUGGAACAAAUUUGUGCUAAAUACAUACCCCAAACAUAAUCUACCCAAGGAUUGGGAAAGUUUUAUACAAGAAUUCUUCAAGUCAAAGGAUAGUCUGAAAGAAUGGACAAAGGUUUGGCGUGAACUCUAUAGUGAAGAAACCAACAAAAAAAACAAAGAUCUCAAAGACCUGAUAGAUGCAAUCUACAAUAUCCUUGGGACAUAUAUCAAAGCUUUUGAAGCACCACACAACAUACUAAAGUCGGGUGACCUUCGAGAAAAUCAGUACAAUGCACAGUUUAUAAGUCCGAUAUUAGAGAAUACACUGAAGACUAUAUGUAACAUUGACUGGAGAAUUCUUGAAGUCCCAGUAGAAAGUAGCAAAGAUCGUUGUAAUGCAAACAUAAAUCCAAUCGUUGAUAAAGUUUUAGAAGCAAAGUGUGCAGAUGGGCUUGCUUGUCUCUGGCGAAGCCGUGAAGAAGUGUUCCUAUAUGAACAGACAGGACCUCCAGACUUUGAUGAUGUUACUCAAUUUUACAUACAUGAUUAUAAGUUGGUUCGAGCCAUGAGGGAUGUGUUAAAUCAAAGAAUAACCCUUCGUCUUAAAGAUGGGAUAUCUGAUCAUAAAGACCUAGCAAGCUUUGGUGCCUUUGGCCAUCGCACCGAGGUAUCUUUAUUUUGGUGUACAAUACACCAAAAAUCAUAUUAA